AUGGACUCAAGUAUGGAACCGAGUUAUGGCAGCGGGGCGGCAAUUCCUGAGGGCUCUGAUUCUGGGCGUCAGAGGGAGUCUGUGAUGGGAAGUGCUGCAGAUGUUCAGAAUCCAUCUCAACAGAACGUGGAUGUUGGGGAUGGAAUUGAGACACAUGGAUCCAAUGCAGAGUUGACUGCGGCCCGGAGCCAAGAGCAGGAGGCUGCAGCAAUUCUUGAAGCAGCAAAUGGGCUGGAGCCAGAGUAUGAGUUUCAGUCUGUUGAGGGUGGCGAAGGCGUACUUCAAGGUCAAGCUGGGGACGAGGGAACCCUUGAUGGUUUGGGGUCUUUUCGUCAGGAACCUGUGGUUGAUCAGGGAGGUGAUGUUCGCCAACCGGUUGCAGAUAUUCAGACUGGAGGGCUGCUGAAUGGUGUAAUGCGUGGCGGUCGGAAUGCCCAGCUGCUGGAUGUUGAAGUUCUGGUGAUGGGCGGCUUGAUGUUUUGGAAAGUUUGGUUCAGCAGUUAUUCCAGCAGAGUGAGAAUGCCUCAGCCGGGUCCAGGUGACAGGAUCCUGGCAGCCACCAGAGCGAUGCAAGCAAUGUCGUUACAGGACUAUGGGUUUGAAGAGCAUGCAGUAGGUGGCAAGCAGCCGGGUGUAUCCCCAGCAGAGGCAUGGCCACCUGGCAGGCAGUCAGGUGUAUUCCUGAAGACUGAAGGGGAAGGUGGCGCUAGGUCUGUUCAAAGGCCGAGUGCAUUCCCGAAGGCUCUGACUGAGGGCCAAGAGGUGAGAGGGGGCUCAAGCGCGGGUGGAGUUGUGAUUAAUGGGUGUGUUCGAGAAGGGAUUUAUAAUGAUAAGGGUGAGAUAGUCCUUGUUGCUGAGCAGCCGAAGUUCUAUGCUUUGCAAGACGACUCGAGUGAGCAGAUUGAAGCCAGAGGUGUGGCCAUGCUGACAAAGGCUUUGCCCGGUGCGUUGUAUGAGCAAGCGCUGAGUUGCAGGUCAAUGGAAAUCAGCGUUCCUGACAGUGGCUUGCUUCUGGAUGCGGUUGAUAAGUGUAUGAAGGCUCUUCUUCAGGCGAAUCCCAGCUUGCAGUUCAGGAUACACAGCGUUCGCAUGCAGCUGCAGCUUGAUACUUCUCCUACGUUGGAGUCAGUAGAGGAGUACACGAGGAAUCUUCUAGCUGAAAUGGAGCUUUUGGUAGUUUCUGUUCCUGAUGGGGGAAAUAAGAGGCAACGAGUUGCUGCUGUGGGUCAGGACUCAGGGGAUAAAGGAAACGGAAAGGGUCCCAAGGGUGGAAAAAAUGGUGAUGCGGGUGGCCAACAGGGGGCCGGGACUGGACGGGGAGGGAAAGGAGAUCCUGUCAAGUUGUGCUCGGCGUGGUCCACCGAUGCUGGAUGUCCUAAUGGCAAGCAGUGUAGCUUGAAGCAUGCUCCAGAGAGACCUGGUGGAUGCUGGGUAUGUGGAGGGAUGCACCAGAAAGCUGAUUGCAAAGCGCCAGGAGGGGGCAAGGCACCCAAGGAUCCGAAUGCGGUUGGGGAUACCGGGGAAGACGGUGGAACCAAGGGCAAGAAGGGUAAACCCAAGGGUGGGGAAGCCAAGCCUCCGAAGACGAAUGUUGGUCAGAAUCCCAAGGGUCAGCCGAAGGGUCAGAGUUCAACGACCAAUGUUUCGGAGGCAGCUAUUCGUGAAGCUGCACAGAUUCUUCAGAGUCUUCGCCUCGCAGCAGUGAAGAGUGAUCUGCAAAGUGCAACAGAGAUCCUCAGUAAGGUCGGAGAAAAUGGAAAUCGUGGACUGAUAGACGGGGGGGCAACUUCCUGUAUGAGAACCGCGCUGCCGGAUGAGUACAAUCUUCCCAAAAUCCCGGUAAAGUUGGCUUGCGGUAGCUGUGACAUGUUUAUCAACGAGCAUGGGACGCUUCUUAGGCAGAUCUCAGUUUCGCCGAUUAUUUCGAUGAAGGCGUUGCUGAAGCUGGGUUACAGGAUGGAUUGGAAUGCCACCAGGUGCCGGGUAUUCCACCCCAAGUUCGGGGAUUUGGAAGUUGACACUUCAUCGGGAUGUCCAGAGGUGGAUGAGGGAGUCGCGUUGGAUCUCAUUAGAGAAUACGAGUUGUACGUAGGUCGGCAGGAUCAGCGUGUGGCUCGACUUCAGUCUAUGAUUGAUGAUCUGAGGGAUCGCGGCACUGGUGAACUCCUUGAGCUUAUAAAGAAGGGGGACUCGCAAGCGGAUGCUGCCUUCAGUGUGUAUGUGAGCAGGUUGUACCCUGAAGCCAGUGCUGGGGUUCUGGAUCAAUGCAUCGUGUCGUUGCAAGAGUCGUUGGAAGAGAAUCACACCUGGAACCGAAGGAGGGCAUUUGAGAACAUUGCACAUAGAUGGGAUUUUGCCCAUUUGUCGGUGGAUGUUGCUGAAGAUAUCUUGUGUGACAGCACCUACAAGUUUCUGUUGCAGCAGGCAAGGGAUGGAAGACUGAGGGCGGUGGUUGGUGGUCCUCCGUGUCGGACUUUCUCCAUUGCAAGGCACCUGCAUGAAACUACUGGUCAAGGUCCAAGACCUAUUCGACUUCUGGGCGACAGCAUUGGAGCUUGUGGCAUCAAGGACUUAACCUGUCAGGAGAAGGCUCAGAGGAACACGGAUGAUGUGAUGCUGUUGACAUUUCUUACCUUGAUAUCUUUUGCAGUCGAGUCCAAUCGAGCGAUUGGGGUCCCGGAUCCAGCUUGUUUGGUAGAAAAUCCGUGUGUUGAGGAUGAGCUGCGCAAGGAUUGCGUCGAAGAUGCAGGGUAUGUUUCAUUGUGGUCUACACCAGAGUGGAAGGAUCUAGAGAAGAGGACCGUACAGUGGUGCGAGUGGGCCCCGGGGUUCAUUCAAGCGGUGAACAGCAUGUUGAACCAGGCCUUUUAUCAGAUGCGAAGUAUCAUGAUGGGGAGUAAGGCCAAGUAUCUGGUUGUUGGGGUGUUGUCGGUUCCUGUGCUGGCUGUGGAAGGUCUAAAGGUGGACGAGCCAGCCGAUGCUGACCCAGUUGCCGUUCCUCUUGAGGGGGGAGUGAUUGAUGAUGCCGAGUGGCUGAUGGAUGAUCUUUCAAAGAUGGAAGAGAAGGAUGACGAUAUGACUGCCAAGGAGCUGUCUGAUGCACGAGCUUCAUGGAAUGAGUGGGAGAAGCUGGUGAAAUCCAGUCGCGACGACUGGAUUCGAGAUGCACAGUCUGAGGUAUCAUUCACUACUCUAGGUGCAGCGGUGGAUCUGGAUGUGGCAGAGCCGAUGCAUCCAGCUGACAAGUUGGCGCAGGUGCUCUACAAGGCUGAUCGUUUUCAGCCUAAGGAUCUGGCUGAGUUGGCAGUUGAGGUGUAUGGAUUCAGGAUCGCGGUCUAUGCCAAUCGCAAUCAGAGGCAGUUUCCAGACAAGUAUCCGAAGGCCGAUAGACAGCUGCUGUGGGAGACGGGCUUCACUUUGCUUCCGGCGACGAGAGAUGAGUAUUGGAGCUAUGGUUCGGGGUAUUGUGUGCAGCAGUUUGGUGCUGGAUCGCCUGUCAGAUCCAUGCAUAUGUGGCGCCAGGGUAGGGGUAAAGCCAGUGGACAAAUGUGGACCGGCAGUUCAUCCUUCAAGCUGCGGGACCCCAACUGCCCGGAUGCAGUCGGGGAGGGGGUGGGGCAUCUUGAGAAGGAUAAAAAUUCUGAAAAGAGUCAGGAGUUCUUGGAUAUGGUUAUUUUGGAAGGGCAAGGCCUCAAGGUGGGUGACAGUCGGGAUCUACUUGCGGAAAAGGGGAUUGAGAUCUGCACUUCUCGAUGUAGGUGUUGGUCCUUGGAGUUGCGAAAACUUCAGAAGCGUCUUGAGGAUGUUGAUGAAGGUCGGGGAUCACUGGUUUGUGGCUUGGAACCUUGUGAAUCCAUUGCACAGGAUGAUUCGGAGCAGUUUGAGCUGUAUGGAGUCGAUUGGCCUAUGCAUGCGGAUGUGUCAAGGGCCAUUGAUUGCUUGGCGAGGCAACACCACGAGCUUCGGGUUUUGUUGCAAGGCCUGGAGGAAGGGGAGGAGGCUACUACUUCGAGGUGUGAUCAGCUAUCCUGGGAUGCUCUGAAGGGUUUGGAGCGUCAUGGGAACGAGCUUCGGGAGGUUGAAGACAGUUUGCUCAAGACUGCUUGUCCAGCAGUUCUUAGGAGUCUGUCUGUAGCGGAAGAGGUUAAUCCAGAGGAGUUCGAGGAUCCGGCACAAAAGGGGCCGAGCGAGCCUGCUUUGACCGAUGAGUCGGACCCGCCUCCACUCCAAACAAAAAUCAUUGGAGCUGAUCAGGUGCGCAGAGAGCCGGGUAAGUGGAUUCCCUCGAUGACAGAAGAGUAUCAAUCCCUAGUAUCCAGAACAGGAGCUGUACAGGAGCUUUCGGAUGGCCAAUACAAACAGCUGCUUGAGGGCGGAAGCGGCGAGCGGAAUGAGCUCUAUGCGAGCGGGGCUGGGGCGGAAUCGCUCCGGCUGAUGAUCCGUAGAUGUGCACUUCAACCUGAGUGGGUGCUCGGGUCUGUGGAUGUGCGAACGGCAUUCCUACAAGCACCGUUGCUCGAGCAGCAGAGGGAUGGCCGACGUUUGGUGACCAUAGUGCGAGUGCCUUCUAUUCUGCGAGAGACAGGUGUGACUACCUGUAGGUUUUGGAAAGUCCAGAAAGCGCUCUACGGAUUAGCUUCUGCUCCAAGGUCCUGGUCCAAUUACAGGGACAAGGUUCUAGCUGGACUUCGAAUUCCUUGCGAGGGCGGUGAGCUGCGGUUGUCAAAGAUGUUGGAAGACGCGAACCUGCUUCACAUCGUCAGGUUUCCAAGUGAAAGUGGAAGCGAGGACUCGAACGAAGGUCAGCGUGUUGGAGUUAUAGCUCUUUAUGUUGAUGAUGUGUUGAUAGGAGCUGCUCGUCCUAUCUGCGAAGCUGUCAUUAAGGCCCUACAGGAUCAAUGGGAGUUGUCUCCACCCGAGUGGCUGGCAACCACUGGGGAUCAGAUGAAAUUUGCAGGUUACGAGCUUCAGAAGACGUCAGAGGUAUCCGGUUACAUCAAGAAAGCUACGUCCAG